AUGGAUCCACCUACGAAAGUGUUGCCAGUUGCAGAACUUUGUGAUUCCCAGCCGGGCCCGUGCGGAAAGGAGCCCCGCCAAGUUUCGCCCUCAGAUGCCGAAUCGCCCUGUCUAUCUCAAAUUGCGGACGACGAUAAACAUCAUUUAGCGGUAGAGCUAUUCCAACCGGUGCUUGAUACACUAGAGCGCCUGGAACGGGAGGACCCGAAACUUGCUUUUCAGGCAGUGAGACUGGUGGGGUUGUAUCGCUGCUUGUGGGGGUCGUGCGUCUCUAAACAUGUCGAUAAUCAGCGACUCGAAGAGGCCAAUCAAGUGAUGCGCGCCGAAAAUACCCAGCUUUGUCAAGAGGGGGAGUAUCUUAAACGUCGAGAGGAGGACCAGGUCGCCCGUCUAGUCUCAUUUGAGCGGUCCAUGGACGAGGUGCGGCAAGGUCUGCUUGGGGUGCUUAAAGACUGGAAUGCUUGUUCGACAGGGGUGUUGGCAGGAAAUUCGCAAGAAACACCGAAAGAUCAUUGA